GUGUGUGCACUUUCGUUUUAUAUUUAUGUCAAUACACAUGUUUUAAAUUAAAAAUAUUAAAUGUAAUAACUGAAAGUAAAUAUUAAAGUGUUUGUAGCUGCAUAUAUUUUUAAUUGGGAGACUGCCGCUUGUAAACGGUGAAAAUUAUCAGUGUGUCGGCAUAGGAAUAUUUAGAUUAAAGAAUUUCUAGACAAUUAUUUUUGCCCAACGUUUUUGGAAAAUGGCGGAUGCGAGGAAAACGAAUUUCAAAGCCUUAAAAAAUUGUAAACGUGUUGAUUAUUUACAAUUAGAUGACUAUUUCAUGGCUGUCGCUAUAGUAACAGCACAACGCAGUAAGGAUCCCUCUACUCAAGUGGGUGCAGUUAUAGUCAAUGAGGAAAAUCGCAGUGUCGGCGUUGGAUAUAAUGGUUUCCCGCAGAAUUGUAGUGAUGAUAUAUUUCCUUGGCAUAAGAUAACCGAUGUGGAAAGUGAUGAUCCUCUACAAGAUAAAAGGCUUUUUGUAGUGCAUGCCGAAGCAAAUGCUAUUUUAAAUAGUAACUGUAAAAGUUUGAAAAAUACUCGCAUGUAUACAACGUUAUUUCCAUGCAAUGAAUGCACCAAACUGAUACUUCAAACGGGAAUUUCACAGGUGUAUUAUAUUUCUGAUAAAUACGCUGAGAAACCUGAAUUUCAAGCUUCCAAAAUUAUGCUCGAUGCUGGCGGUAUAGUAUAUAAAAAAUACGAACCAAUAAUGAAUGAAUUUACCAUAAAUAUUGACCAAACUCAAAUGAAUUGGAAAAAGAAUUCCUGUAUGUAAAUGUAUAGAUGUAUGUUAAUAUCCUAAAUGUAAAGUAUAU